UAGGUUUCCCAUCCCUAUGCAGUGUUUCUUCGUGUCUAUAUGUUCAGUUUAUAUCCCAGCGACUUUUAAUAUUUUACUGUCUAUGAUCGUAAUGUCCUAAUUGCGCAAAACCUAAGCAUGGGAAACGAUCAGUCACAGUUGAAAGGAUUGGAAAUUAGCAGAAAAGCUAUCCAGGUAACAGACUACUGGUCCUUGUACAAUGGAGAAGUUCCGUCCGAUACCUCCGUUUCGUGCAUAUCAAUUUUUCAAGGAGAGACGCUCGUCACAGGACAAUUCUGGACUAAUCAGAACCCAUUGGAGCGGGCAAUUAAAAACCUUAAAGUUUAUCGACAUCCGAACAUCCUAAAGUUUAUUGCUUCAUGGCACAAAGGCUCCCUGAAGAUGUUGGCCACGGAGCGAUGUAGGCCUCUAGCAACUUGUCUUAACAUAAUAAGUGAUGUUCAAAUUUGUCUCGGAUUGCGAAACGUAUUAUGUGCACUCGUUUUCCUAAUGGAGCAGGCCAGCGUUCGGCAUUUAAGCAUUAGCAUAUCAUCGAUUUACGUUACCGAAGAUGGAGCAUGGAGAUUAGCAGGAUUCGAACAUCUAUGGACAAAUGGAGAUUUCAAUUUAAACCUGCUAGAAAAAUCUCAACCAUAUCGUUACCAGAAGGCGAUUGACCCGGAUGAGCUGAAAAACAAGGGUGAAGGUGUUGAGCAGUUUGCUUUUGCCGUGAUGUGUGAAGAGAUCUUGCAUAACAAAACCGAUAGUAACAUUCCAGCAGUGGAAGAUUUCAAAACGUACUGCGGAACGCACCUGAAGCAUGCUAAUGUGUCCAUGCGACCAAAACUUUCUGCCAUCCUGCUGCAUCCGCUGUUUAAUCACGAUUUUAUUUUAAUACAUUCCUUCCUCACCGAAUUGCCACUGAAAAGCCCACAGGCGAAACAGGAAUUCUUUACUGGCCUAGCGGAUCGAUUACGACUGUUCGAUCCGGAAACUGUCGCAGAACAGAUGGGCUCUUUGUUGCUGUCCCGAAUUGUUCUCCUGGAUACGACAGCUCAGCUCUGCGUUACCCCGUUCAUACUACGCCCUAAGACGGAUGACCUGUCAGCAGCUCUGUUUGCUGCAAAGAUUUUCUCUGCGUAUAUUAUUCCUAAAAUAAAGCAAGUGUUCUGCGUUCCGGAUGCCCAAAUUCGACUUACGUUGUUGGAAUACUUUCCAGCUUAUGUGGAUUUCUUUAGCAAUGACGAUUUGCGGGAGCACAUACUACCACAGCUUUUGUUAGGUAUAAAAGAUACCAACGAUGUUCUAGUCGCGAAAACCUUGCUUUGCUUGGCAGAUUUGGUCCCCCUGUUGGGGUCUGCAGUUGUGAUCGGUGGCAAUAGAAGUAAAAUUUUUGCCGAUGGUCGCCCACAAGGUGUACCUGAUCAGACAAUGCCAUGGAGUGCUGUAAGGUCUAUAACACCAGUUAUUGGCUCUGGCGAAUUCCUCUCCGGAAGUCCUGUUCCCAGUGGGGUGGACAGAAUAGCAACAGCGGAAAACAAUAUAUCGUUUUCGUCUAUUGUGGAAUCAUCGGGUUUUAACAUCAUGCCGGAACGGUUGUCGCCUGAAGGGGAAGAUAUUUAUCAUACUAAUAGCGAUGUUGAACUGGAGGUAGACGAAUGGAGCGAUUGGGAAAAUGACAUGACCGAACACACCGUUAAUCAUUUGCUUAAUACUGGUCAGCAUGAGGGUCAACAUGAUAACGACACUAUCACCAAUAGUCAACCUGUGACAUUGGGAAAUGACGUGGAUUACACACAAAGUGCGAUUGUGAGACCUGACAAGGAAGAACUGGAGAAGAUAAGGCGUCAAACUUCUGUGCAAGCUGAAAGUAUUGAAAAUCUAGACAUUAAAACACAACCGUUCAAGAAACCGUUAGAAUCGUUCACUGCAUCGGAUAUGGACUUUUUCAAAGAUAUGGAACCAGUGAUUCAGAAAGCUAAUGUUCUGCUAAUCGACGAGAAAGACCCAGUAGAUAAUAUUUCCGUGACGUCAGCUGCCAAGAGUACCACUGCCACUACAAAUCCAAUAGUUCAGGAGCAGGAUUCUCUUUUGUUGAAGGUUGAUGGUAGUAGAUUCGACGUAAAAGUAGAAACUCUCGAGGCCAAUGAGGACGGAUGGGACAAUGAAGAGAGUGAGUGGUAGGUAAACUGGAUUUCUCCGAUGUUUUACUUCAAUUAUUAUUUACAUGGAGCUCAUAAAGGGCUCACUGUCUGCUAAGUCGAUAGGAUUAGUACAUUAUCGGGGGAGAAAAUUAAGGUUACUGCAACUUUGUGCACAUUAUUCAAUAAAUUUGUGAUCGGUGGCUA